UCCCGCUCCCUUUGCGGUUCCUGCGGACCCCGCUGCGGCGACACCCGGAGACCCCAACCUGCGGCACCCGGCAUGCCAUCGUCUGUGAAGGCGUUGGGUCAGGCCAGGACCUCGGGUGCCAGUAUGGCCCCCCAGGCCCACUGCUGCUCCCCUGCGGCCGUGCAGAGGCGGCUGCCCAUCCUGGCGUGGCUGCCGGACUACUCCCUGCAGUGGCUGAAGAUGGACUUCAUCGCUGGACUCUCGGUUGGGCUCACAGUCAUUCCCCAGGCGCUGGCCUAUGCUGAGGUGGCUGGACUCCCGCCCCAGUACGGCCUCUACUCUGCCUUCAUGGGAUGCUUCGUGUAUUUCUUCUUGGGCACCUCCCGGGAUGUGACGCUGGGCCCAACGGCCAUCAUGUCCCUCCUGGUCUCCUUCUAUGCUUUGCACGAACCCGCCUACGCUGUGCUGCUGGCCUUCUUGUCUGGCUGCAUCCAGUUAGCCAUGGGCUUCCUGCGCUUGGGCUUUCUGCUGGACUUCAUCUCCUGCCCCAUCAUCAAGGGUUUCACCUCCGCUGCCGCCAUCACCAUCGGCUUCGGGCAGAUCAAGAACCUCCUGGGACUACAAGAUAUCCCGAGACAGUUUCUCCUGCAAGUGUAUCAGACCUUCCGCAAGGUCGGAGAGACCAGGGUGGGCGAUGCCGUGCUGGGGCUCGUGUGCAUGGUGCUGCUGCUGGUGCUGAAGCUGAUGCGGGACCACGUACCUCCCGUGCACCCCGAGAUGCCCCCGGGCGUGCGGCUCAGCCACGGGCUGGUCUGGACUGCCACCACAGCCCGCAACGCUCUGGUGGUGUCCUUUGCCACCCUGGUCGCAUACACCUUCGAGGUGACUGGAUACCAGCCUUUCGUUCUAACGGGGCAGACCGCCGAGGGGCUCCCUCCAGUCCGGAUUCCGCCCUUCUCAGUGACCACGGCCAAUGGGACAGUUUCCUUCACCGAGAUGGUACAGGACAUGGGUGCUGGGCUGGCCGUGGUGCCCCUGGUGGGUCUCCUGGAGAGCAUCGCGGUGGCCAAGUCCUUCGCUUCUCAAAACAAUUACCGCAUCGAUGCCAACCAGGAGCUGCUGGCCAUCGGCCUGACCAACGUGCUGGGCUCCCUCGUCUCUUCCUACCCGGUCACAGGCAGCUUUGGACGGACAGCUGUGAACGCUCAGUCGGGGGUGUGCACCCCAGCGGGGGGCCUGGUGACAGGAGUUCUGGUGCUGCUGUCGCUGGACUACCUGACCUCGCUGUUCUACUACAUCCCCAAGGCGGCGCUGGCUGCCGUCAUCAUCACGGCCGUGGCUCCGCUGUUCGACACCAGGAUCUUCGGGACGCUCUGGCGCGUGAAGAGGCUGGACUUGCUGCCCCUCUGCCUGACGUUCCUGCUCUGCUUCUGGGAGGUCCAGUAUGGCAUCCUGGCCGGGACCCUGGUGUCCGUGCUGAUUCUCCUGCACUCCGUGGCCAGACCCAAGAUGCAGGUGUCAGAGGGGCCGGUGCUGGUCCUGCAGCCAGCCAGCGGUCUGCACUUCCCCGCGGUGGAGGCCCUCCGGGAGGCCGUACUCACCCGGGCCCUGGAAGCAUCCCCCCCACGCUGCGCGGUUUUGGAGUGCACGCACGUCUGCAGCAUCGACUACACCGUGGUGCUGGGGCUCGAGGAGCUCGUGGGGGACUUCCGCAGGCACGGCGUCACCCUCGCCUUGGUCGGCCUGCAGGUUCCUGUCCUCCGUGUGCUGCUGUCUGCUGACCUGAAGGGUGUCCAGUACUUCUCCACCCUGGAAGAGGCAGAGAAAUACCUGAGGCAAGAACCAGGGACCCAGCCCUACAACGUCAGCGAAGACUCCGUUCCGGAGCACAAGAUCGCCCUGCUGAAGGCCUGAUGGGGGCGCUGAUGGGCGUCUGAUGCUGGGGAGUCUUACGGAAGGUUCUGGAUGCUGUGAUGCUAGAUGCUGCCCUAUAAACGCCUUGGCCCGAGGGCUCUGAGCAGGUGACCCCCGAAGGAAGAAGGAAACCUCGCAUCGAGAUCCACAGGUGGGACUCCCGGGCUUUAUUUGGGGUGACUGAAAAAUCACCUCCUUUCUGUUCCCUGGGCAUGAACCUUUUUCUGAAGAACGGUUUGCAGAGAGCCUUCUAGAACGACAGAUCCUGUGAGAAGAAAGGCAGGAUUUCCACCUGGUCCAGGGGAAGGGCCCUCACACCCCAGCACCUUCCUGGUUACGGGGGGUGGUGGGGUUGGGCAGCUCCGAGGCGAGUUCCAGUCCGGGUGGCGGCAUCUGUGCUGCUGUUGGGAAGGAAACCGAGAUGUGCAAAAUGACUUAAUGUGUCUGUGAAAAAUAAUUUUGUCGUCGGUGUUUUUUAAAUUAAAAAAGCAAGAGCUUUGGUGUUUUUGUAAAAACCAUAAAUGCUUAUUGUAAAACGUACAGGAACCCUUCUCCUCCAUCCACUUUGGUGGUAGUCCAGGCUGCCUCCCCCUCCACCCCAUCGGUACGUCAGCAUGCGGGUGUGUGUCCCCAGCCGCGUGUGGAUGGGGUCAUUGCAUACAUGGUGCUCUGUGACCCACACUUUCAUGCAGUCCUUGCUGUGAAUUACUCAUUGUGAUAAUAAACAGAGAA